CCUCGAAACUGCCUUCCUAUGUUUUCUUCUACCUCUCUCUCUGUCUGCAUGUGGACGCCCCACUGCCACUUUGUUCUCCUCCAGUCUACCAUACCUUGAAGAAGAAGUAUGCAGGAAAAUGUGAUGCCGCAGACCUAAAAGCAUAGCGCAACCGGACAAAGGGCUCACAUGGAGGCCGUGACACCAUUGCAGCACCUCUCUCUCUCUCUCUCUCUCUCUCUCUCUCUCUCUCUCUCUCUCUCGCGUGCAUCUUGUUUUAGAGGUCCAGUGAGAGUUCUUGCUACGUUCCAAAGAUACAUUAGAUGAGGCUCCUUGACUUUUCUGACCUAGGUUGAGAUGCAAAGUUAGCUUCCAUGCCUUGGUUGCCUACCUUUGAUUCCCUCUCCGUCCUCCCCCCCAACUUCCCCUGCAUUGCCAUGUUUUCAUGUCACUUUAUAUCUAGAUUUCCACUAGUUAGAAGGAAUCUAUAUUAAGACCUAAACUAGUAUGCUAGACGACCAAUAUCCACUUGGCCUCAACCUGGACCCAAGUAAAUGCCACUCACCACUCUUGGAGAUGGGAACAAAUGCAUGGACGCAGAUCGUUUCUUCUUCUUCUUCUUAUACGGAGGGAGAUCAAAAGUCAGUUGCAUGAGGAUGAUUCCGAGUCUAUGAAAUCAGAGAUGGAAGAAGAAGAGGAGGAGGAGAAAGCCGGUUGCAGUCUUCGGCAACUUGAAGGGAUUAGCAUCCGCCGAGCGACGGAGGUCAUCGGUUCGCUGAUCUCCUCCUCCUACUGCAGCCGAUCCUUCCCUGCGAAAUGGCAACUGAUCCGGGACAAGCUGGAACAGAUCCGCUCUGCAUUAGCCGCUGCAGCAGAUGGCGGAGACUCUGCAGCGAACACAGAGCUCGUCGGACUGUUGCAAGCUAUAACAUCGACCGCAAAUGAGACGCGGUUGUUGGCCAACAAGUGUAGCGAUGAGGCUUACGGCGGCGGGAGGCUCCGCCUGAGGAGUGAUCUUGAUGUGGUAGCCUGCAGGCUCCACCUCCAUUCGAAGCGCCUGGAAGAGAUCUACGCAUCUGGGGUUCUGACCCUUUCUCGAGCCAUAGUCGUGUCGAGGCCCGGCGUCGGAGCGAACCGGGAGGACAUGCGGUUCUACGUAAAGGAUCUCAUCUCCAGGCUAAAGAUCGGCAAUUUGGAGAUGAGAGUUGGAGCUUUGAAGGCCCUCAACCAAGUCCUGUGCGAGGACGAGAAGUACGUGAGGAUUCUGGUGGUAGAAGUAGCGGAAGGUGUUGCUCUGCUAGCGAGCUUUCUUGAAUCCGGGAUCGAGGGUGUUGCAGAGGAAGCAGCGGAGGCGAUCUCGGCUAUCGCAGGUUUUGAUUCACACAGAGCAGCUCUUGCCACGGCUGGUGCCGUCGCGCCAUUGAUUCGAUUACUGGAGAUUGGAACUGAAUCGGCGAAGGAGAGAGCAGCCGGAGCUCUGAAGAGAAUGACAGAGAACUCGGACAAUGCAUGGUCGGUUUCAGCUCAAGGAGGCGUCUCUGCGCUCCUCAAGAUAUGUGGCAAUUCCGGCAGCAGCGGAGAGCUGAUUCGGUCAUCUUGUGGCGUACUGAAGAGCCUCGGCGGCGUGGAAGAGAUCAGGAGGUUCAUGGUGGAAGAAGAGGCGGUCUCCAUCUUCGUGAAGCUCUCGAGAUCGAAAGAAGAAACUUCGCAAGUCCAAGCCAUAGAAUUCUUGACCGCAAUGGCCUACGAAGACGACGCCAUCAAGGAGAAGGCGAUGAAAGAAGGCGUGCUCGGCUCACUGGUGGAGCUCCUCGAUCCCAAUUCCCCCUGUUCAUCGAAGGCCAAAGAGGUCGCGCUCAGGGCUAUCGAGGCCUUCUGCUUCUCAUCUCCGAGCACCAUGAACGUCUUGAUGAGCUCGGGGUUCCUCGACCGCGUUCUUUCCUUGCUAAGGAGCGGCGAGAUGCCUCUUCAGGAGCCUGCGCUGAAGGCCGUGGCUCGCCUCUCCGCGCUAUCCCAUGCGAUCAAGAAGGCGAUGGGGGAUGCCGGCUUCAUCCCGGAGCUCGUGAAACUACUGGAGAACAGGUUGUUUCAGGUGCGGGAGAUGGCCGCUGAGGCACUCUCGGGGAUGAUAUCGAUCCAAACAAACCGUAGGCGAUUCAUCAAACAGGACGACAACGUGAACCGGAUGCUGCAGCUGCUCCACCCCGGAGAGAAGUCGGUGACCAAGACGCAUGUGCUCUCUGCUCUGGUGUGCUUGGCCGAUAGCGGCGGCGUCCGGAGAAAGAUUGCGGCUUCUGGGUGCGUGAAACACUUGGAGGAACUUGCAGAGAGUGAUGUAAGAGACGCUAAAAGAAUCAUCAAAAGGCUGUCUACCAGCAGAUUUCGGAGCAUGUUGUCCGGCAUGUGGAGCUGAUGAGCUCAACCAUUAGAGCUGCCGUCUUUGUUCUCUCCAUUCCCAAAUUAAGUGCAAGGAGAUGUACCAGCAACAUUCUUCAUGUAAAUACGAUGUAGCGGUGACAUGAUCCUUGCCGGUAUCACUGUUCCAGCGUAGGUCGUCGGAUAAGACUUGUUGUGUGACACAUUGAAAAGUCUGCGUGGUACAAAGACCAACAUAGGCAGUUCAUGCACGCUUCCAUGAACCCAAGACAACUAGACAAUCGUGCCUCUGUUGUUUCGCUCAUCAUUUAAGGUUGCUUCGGAGUAAUAUGUCGACGAAUGGGUCGUACAUUCUCUGCAGUGUUUGGUUGCUUUGCUCUGCGAGAAAGAUCGGUCGGAUCAUCCGAUUAGGUUACGUUCAACAUGCGCAGGCACAAACUGUGGAUUCCAUGGCUUCAUGUCUCCAGUUGUGGAAGCAGGAAGAAGGAUGCCGAGAUCUGAAACGUUGUGCCGAGUAAAAGUUAUUGGACGCAGCGUUUCUUUCACCCUAUUCCAAGCACCAAACUCUUCGUCCAGUGUCGUGUCUCAGCUUUGUGUGACAUGUGCUUUCUGAGGUCAAAGGCUGGAUGAUCUGUGACAUUGAUCUUUACCUUCGCUUCACUUUAACUCUGCAAAGCUUUAGUUCCAUGACUUGAGGACGACUCACAUCAGCUCCAAGUGAAGUGAAACAAGUGAUCAUGCAGCAUCUGCUGCAUCCUUCUGGAUGUGAGUCAGCAUCCUGUCCAAUAUGGAAUGAUGAAGUGACAUGAAACAAGUACUACCUAAAGCCCCUUUUUCCCUUUAAAUUGUAUUUUUUUUCUGCUUUGACCACAAUAUUUUUAGUCAAAUUGGAGGGUUGAAGAAGGAAGAGGACAUGUCUGGAUUGGUGGAUGAUAUGAGCGAAUGAUAGAGGA